GCCAAGCCAAACACAACUAGGAAACAAUUGCAAGCACAGAAAAACCAACAAAGACAUGGCCAAAUUAAUGUUGUUCCUCACUUAUGCAGCAAUACUAUCUGCAGCCAUCCAUGGUAGCCAUGCAGUCGAAUACACGGUCACCAACAGGGCUGCAACCACCCCCGGUGGAGCCCGAUUCACCCGGGAAAUUGGAGCUCAGUACAGCAAGCAAACUCUAGACUCGGCCACCAGUUUCAUUUGGAGAAUUUUCCAACAGAACACUCCAUCGCAAAGGAAAAACGUUCCGAAAGUUAGCUUAUUCAUCGAUGACAUGGAUGGAGUCGCAUAUGCGAGCAACAACGAAAUUCACGUCAGCGCCCGAUACAUUCAAGGUUACUCGGGCAACGUUAAACGAGAAAUAACUGGGGUUCUUUAUCACGAAAUGACGCACAUAUGGCAAUGGAACGGAAAUGGAAGAGCCCCGGGAGGUCUUAUAGAGGGAAUUGCUGAUUAUGUGAGGCUUAAGGCUGGCUAUGCACCGAGCCAUUGGGUGAAACCCGGGCAGGGCAACCGGUGGGAUCAAGGGUACGAUGUAACAGCAAGGUUUCUCGACUACUGUAAUAGCCUAAAGGGUGGAUUUGUUGCACAACUUAACAAGAAGAUGAGGAAUGGCUAUAGUGAUACUUAUUUUGUGGAUCUUCUUGGAAAAAAUGUGGAUCAGCUAUGGAAGGAUUACAAAGCUAAAUAUAAUAACUAAGCACAUAUUUUUCAACACUGUAUUGGAAUAUUGUAACAUGUGAAACAUAAAGAAUAAUUUGAAACCUUAUUGUGAUAAUUAAUAAAAAUGUACUCUGGCUAGUUUCGAUUCCAAGACUCUUUUAAUGAGUUUUAAUAUAUAAAUGAUUGAAUUUUGAA